CCGCCCACAAGAGGAGCAGAAAAGGCAGAAAAAAAUUUAUUGCGGCCGCCUUUUCUCUCCGGCGCGCAAGAGAAGCCGUCAAAAAUGACACUCUCAAUGGUGGAAAGCUCAAAUUCCGCGGAAAAUAUAAGAAAAUUCAUCUUUGGUCGUGAUUCCCACGGGUACGGCGGUGAGGAACUUCCUGACGUUGAAAUCCUCAUCCCGGAGUUGCGGCAAGCAGCUUACAGCUCAUACACCUGGCCGUGUGCCCCCAUUCUCAGCCUCUUCCUGUGGCAACGCCGAGAAUCUCUUGUCAACAAGCGUAUCCUCGAACUCGGUGCCGGUACAUCCCUUCCGGGUAUCUUGGCGGCAAAGUGUGGUGCUCAGGUGACGCUCUCAGAUCACGCCACCCUCCCUAAGACACUCUCUCACAUCAAUCGGUGUUGCCUUCUCAACAAUCUCACUCCUGGCGAGGAUAUUGCUGUAACGGGGAUUUCGUGGGGCCUCCUGCUGAAUAGCCUCUUCAAUCUUGGUCCCAUUGAUCUCAUUAUUGGAUCUGACUGCUUCUACGAUCCAACUGUCUUUGAGGAAAUCCUCGUAACCGUCUCAUUCCUUCUGGAACACAAUCCUGGGGCAAAGUUUCUCUUCACAUACCAAGAGAGAAGCUCAGAUUGGUCCAUUGAGGCUUUGCUGAAGAAGUGGAGACUUCGGUGUGCCAACGUUAGUCUCAGCGGCAUCAACGCUGGUCUUGACAUCAGUUUGAGGCGUCUCAUGGGUGGUCACACCAUCCACCUACUGGAAAUAACUCUCACCCCGCAGAAUUAAUUGAUCUUCAACAACAAUGUCCGGCGGAGUCUCAUUGAUAAGGAGCUUCCAUCGUGUCUUCGUCGGCAACCUCCCGUGGACUGCCGCUGGGAAGGAUUUAAAGAUGUACUUCUCCAAAUUUGGACACGUCGCCUCCACCUCUGUUGUCUUCGACAAGACAACCGGCCUCUCCAAGGGCUACGGAUUCGUCGAGUUCAGCACUCACGACGGAUUUAUCGCUGCCACCAACAAUCAAGUCCACCACCUCGAGGGCAGAGUUCUCAGUGUUCAGAAAGCCCGCAACAUCGACUGAGGAGGGUCACAGCAGCAAAAGCAAAAAAAUCUCCUUAUCGCAUUUUUCCCAACAAACCCUCAAGAAUAUUAUGCAACAAAAAAGAGAGACGCAAAUGAGAGAUAAAAAAAGGCCAACGAGACUUUUUUUUCUGUGAAUAACUUUUAAAUUUUAUACCUCUCUACAAAUUACACAAAAUGUAGUAAAAAAAAAUCAUUUAGAAAAUAUACAAAGGAAAUUAUCAUA